GUCGGCGCUCGGCACGCGGGCGCCAAGGCCCCCGGGGGUGGGCUGCGCUCGGCGGAGAUCCGGCUUUGCUCAACCCUCCCGAAAGAGGAAGCGCGGAAGGGCUUGAAAUGGGUGAGUCCAACGACGACAUAGACCAAAUGUUCAGCAAUUUGCUGGGAGAGAUGGAUCUUCUGACCCAGAGUUUAGGAGUGGACACUCUUCCUCCUCCUGAAUCCAAACCGCCCAGAGCUGAAUUUAACUACAGUGUGGGUUUUAAGGACUUAAAUGAGUCCUUAAAUGCACUGGAAGAUCAAGAUUUAGAUGCUCUUAUGGCGGAACUGGUGGCAGACAUAAGUGAAGCUGAGCAGAGGACAAUCCAAGCACAGAAAGAGUCCUCUCAGAAUCAGCAUCAUCCAGCAUCCAUAGAGGUACCAGAUUUCAGUGGAGCAGCUGCUCUUAGUUAUGGAGCAAAUGUCACUGCAAUUAGUGUUAGCCAAUAUGAGGAUGACUUACCACCUCCGCCAGCUGAUCCCAUGUUAAACCUUCCUCUGCCACCACCGCCUCCUGAACCUCUAUCUCAGGAAGAAGAAGCAGCUCAAGCCAAGGCUGAUAAAAUUAAGCUAGCAUUGGAAAAACUGAAAGAGGCCAAGGUCAAGAAGCUUGUUGUCAAGGUACAUAUGAAUGAUAACAGCACUAAGUCAUUAAUGGUGGAUGAGCGGCAAUUGGCCCGAGAUGUUCUAGACAACCUUUUUGAGAAAACCCAUUGUGACUGCAAUGUAGACUGGUGUCUUUAUGAAAUCUACCCAGAACUACAAAUUGAAAGGAUUUUUGAAGACCAUGAAAAUGUUAUUGAAGUCUUAUCAGACUGGACAAGAGACACAGAAAAUAAAGUGCUGUUUUUGGAGAAAGAGGAAAAAUAUGCUGUAUUUAAGAACCCCCAGAAUUUUUACUUGAAUAACAAAGGAAGAAAAGAAGGAAAGGAAACAAAUGAGAAAAUGAAUGCUAAGAACAAGGAAUCCUUACUUGAGGAAAGUUUCUGUGGGACAUCCAUCAUUGUGCCAGAACUUGAAGGAGCUCUUUCUUUGAAAGAAGAUGGAAAGAAAACCUGGAAAAGGCGCUAUUUUCUUUUACGGGCUUCUGGAAUUUAUUAUGUACCCAAAGGAAAGACUAAGACAUCUCGAGAUCUGGCAUGUUUUAUACAGUUUGAAAAUGUCAACAUUUACUAUGGGAUUCAGUGUAAAAUGAAAUACAAAGCACCCACUGACUACUGCUUUGUUUUAAAGCAUCCCCAAAUUCAGAAGGAGUCCCAGUAUAUCAAAUAUCUCUGCUGUGAUGAUGCAAGGACCCUAAACCAGUGGGUCAUGGGAAUAAGGAUUGCCAAGUAUGGAAAGACUCUCUAUGAUAACUAUCAACGGGCGAUGGCAAGGGCCGGGCUCGCCUCUCGGUGGACAAACCAGAGCACAGUCAGCACAGCUCCACCAGCAACGUCAGCUGCACCGUCGACAGGACUUAAAACAAGCACCCCUCAGGCCAAUGGUCAGAUCCCCCAGGCUGCCCAUUCUGUAAGCACUGUUCUUGAAGAAGCCCAGAGGCAUGCGGAAACAACUAAGGACAAGAAGCCAGCCCUGGGUAACCAGGGCCCGGGAGCGCCCAAGGCCCACCAGUUCCCUAAGUCCAGCCUGCCGCCACCCCCUCCGGUGCGACGGUCGUCGGAUGUCUGCAGCAGUCCGGCCACAGCCCCCAGGGCCAGGGGCUUGGGAGGGGGCUUCCCUGCCCCUGCCCCUCCCGAGGAUUCUCUGCCGCCGCCACCGCCCCCGCCACCCCUGGACGAGGACGAGCUCCCUCCGCCUCCCCCUGAUUUUCACGAUGCACCCCCGGACUUCGUGCCUCCCCCACCGCCGUCUUUCGCAGGGGAUGUGGGCUCGGCGUUACCGCCCCCGCCCCCGCCCCCACCGGCCCCCGAGGCCGCAAGGCCACCCCCGGUUGCCCUUAAAAGACCUCCUGCUCCCCCAAAGAGGAAAGAGAGCCCGGGGCCGGCCGUCGGGGGAGGCAGCGGAGAGCAGGAUUUCAUGUCAGAUCUCAUGAAGGCUUUGCAAAAGAAAAGAGGCAACAUGUCCUAAGGGGACAGAUAAAGCUCUCUGUGCCAUGGGCUUAAUCGUUUCUAACCUCAUGUGCAUUUUUGCUACUUUACCUUCAUGACACCUUGUUCAUUUUCCGUAAAAUAUUGCCACAUUCAGACUAGAAAGGAUGUAAAAUGUCUCACUCUAGCUCAAAUGCAUUCAUAACCAUUCACCUAACAUAGACAUUAGAGCAUCUGCCUAAAUGUACAUAUCUUUCCUAUGUGUUUCCAUUUCCAUAAAUUUAUCUACCCUUCCGAGUUCACUGAAGUGUUUUAUGUUCAUUUAUUUUAUUAUGUUCAGAUGCAUCAAAUUAAUAAAAGUUAAUUUUUUCUUAAAGAUGGUAUUUCUAAAAAUAUCAGUGUAUUUAUAAAUCUACUGCGAUAUUAACACAGUUAUAACAUACUUGACCUUUAAAUACCUUUCAAAGUCGGCCUUCUAACGGUGUUGUUAAUCUUCGAUAUAUUUUCCAUCUCCACCUCCGUGACUGUCAGAAUUUUCUGAAAAAUCAAAAGAGAAAAAGGGAAGAAACAGGAGAGGCAGAGUGAAUUCAGUUUCUUUGAGACUCAUGGCAGUCCUGGACAUACUGGAUUUUGGUUUUGGUUUUCUGAUGGUCAAAUACCAUAGUAAUGAAAAAAAUAGAUAUGUAGAGUUUAGGGAUUCUCUAUUAUUACACUGCUAUAAGUAUCCUAUAAAUUAAAAUUUAGAGAUAAGAACAGGCAGUCAUUUAUAUUCUUUAACCUGGAAUGUUUUCUCUCAGAUAAAUUUGAUGUUCAACUUUAAUAGCCAAUUUAUCUUGAGUUCCUGUUACCCUCUCUCUUCUCUUUCUCAUUGGCUUCUAAAAGGGAGUCCUUUUAGAUUUUCGUAGUUUUAUUUUUCUUUUUAAUUGUGAAACACAUACAGGCAACUGGGUGGCUCAGUUAGUUGAGUGUAUACCUUCUGUUGGGGUCACAACCCAGGGUCCUGGGAUCCCUGCAUCAGCCCUUGCUUAGUAGGGGAGUCUGCUUCUCCCUCUCCCUUUGCCCCUGUUCAUGUAAGCUCUCUCUCUCUCUCUCUCUCAAAUAAAUAAAAUUGGUUCUUAAAAAAAUUGUGGAACACCUCAAAAUCUUUUUUUAUUGAAGUAAAAUACACUGAAGUAUAAUACACAACAUUAUGUUAGUUGCAGGUGUGCAACAUUGCAACAACUCUGUAUGUGAUGUUGUGCUCACCACAAGCUAUUACAAUAUCAUUGACUAUAUACCUUAUGCUGUGCCUUUUAAUCUUGACACUUAUUCAUCCCAUAGCUGGAGGCCUGUGUCUCCCAUGCCCCGUCACCCAUUGUGCCCAGCCCCCCACACCCCCUCACCUCUGGCAACUAUCAGUUUGU